ACCCACGAGUGAUAUAGAGCGACACAAUGAAGUCACCAAUAGACAAGCACACAUUACGGACUCGUCGAGACUCAGAUGUGACAAGGAUAUCGACGCAACGAACGCUCUGCGUUCGUGAAGAAGAGGUGUCACGACAUCAGACGAAUGUUGGUGCACAUCUCGCACAGGAACGAAACACAAUUCGAGAUGUCACACAACAUGCAAAUUCUGAAGAAGUGAAGAGUGUACGAACAAAAUUGAUCGAAAUCCACCGCGAAGGGAGCAAACGAAAAUUACAGAUGGAAGAAACCGAGAAGGAAGAUAACGGCAUUGACAUCCGGCGCAGGGAGGAGUCUUCGAAGUAUAUUCCGAAGUCGAAGACGGUACGAAGGAAAACUGUGGGUGGUGCAACACCUCUUGCUCCAACUAAGCAUGUCACACAAAACAAACGGGACCACAACAAGGGUGAAGCGGCUGAUGUGGAUAGUGCAGAAGUAGGAGGAAGCGGUGAGGAUAUCGAAGGAAGCAUGCAUUGUGGUCGCCAGACGGGCGAGAGCAGUGGAAACAGACACAUUGAAGGUCGCGACAUUCAGUACAGGGAGCGGCGUGUGGAACAACAAGGUCGACAAGCACCAUCGACAGACUGCAAGGACCAGCAGCUGGAGCAAAACGAACCAAAUACGGAAGAGGACGAAUCAGAGGACGAGAACAACAGAGACAACGACGAUUUUGGUGAACGUGAAUCAAAUGAAGAUGAGGAUGAGGAUAAUGAAGAGAUUCGUGAAGACGAUGAUGAGAAUGACGCACACUGCACGAACAAGAAAGCAACAGAGAUGUACCUGUCAGUCGACACGUAUGUGGAUGCCUUCAUGGGUCUCACCGAAUCGUUGGACCCGGAUACACGGUUCAUCGUAGAUCCGUCGAUGAAGAGCACAACACCGACAACACUUCGCACACAGGGAUCAAGGGAGUUGACGAACAUCAGAGGAGAGAUCGCUUACGAUAUCAUUAGGGUUUUUGGAGUGCCGCAGGGCUGCCUUAUCCAUGCGGAACUGUGAGAGAUUAUUUUGAAAAAUAGUGAGAGGAGAUAAGGACGAAAAUAGUAGAAGAUUCAUCAUGAAGAGUAAGAGGCGAAGAGCCAUGGCGCGCAACAGAGUUUAAGAAUGCCGUGCGAGACGUUUUAUACAGAGAUUGGAAUGAAAUAGGUUGAAACGG